AUCCACACUUACUCCAGAUAUUUGCAUUUAGCUGCAUUAUUUAUGGUAGACUGGCAGAGAGAUCUAAGACUUCAUGCAAACCUGUGCUUAGUUUGCUGAAAACAUUAUUUGCCAGCUGAUAAUAAAUGGGUACCAAAGGCUGUGAGACUAAAGCACUGUUUGGCUGGUUUUUGUAAGGUGUAUUUCACUAAAUUUCACUCAGAUGCUGCUAGAUGUCCAGACUUUAAUAUUUGUUCUUUGCUUUUCUAGGUAACCUCCAGUGCUUUGCUGCUGCGGUGCACACAGCUCUUCCUAAAUUAGUGGGAUAAUUCCUGUGUUUACAGCUAAAUUGUGCUUAAAGCUUCAAUGCAUCAAGAUUGUUAAAAUGUGUUAAGGCACAGAGGUCUCAGGCCCACUGAAAACUGGGUGCCUGGUGGUGUGACCAGGAGGGACCUGUCGCAGAGUUCUGGCAUUCCUUAAAAACCCAGCAACUGGGAAAUGACGAGUGUGAGGAACAGACUGCAGAACUGGACAUUCAGUGUCUGUGCAGGACUUUGAGUGCAGAAGUCACCACAAUGAACCCCAGCUCUUAUACUGUGCUUUUUACUUAUAGCCAUGUAAGAACCUAAACAAGGAGGCAUAAAUUACUGACAGAGAAUGGCCCACCGAAGCCCAAUCUUCCCAACUCUUGCCCCUUCUGAAAGACGGGUCCGAAACAUCCCCCUGCACAGCCAGGCGCUGACAGCGGUCCCGCUGGCCUCUGCCAGCCUGGUGGAUCAGCUGGAGGACAGAAUCCUGAGCCAUGAGAAAACAACGGCAGCCCUUGUGGAACAUGCUUUUCGCAUUAAGGAGGACAUUGUUUCCACGCUGCACAGAAUGCAGAACAAAGGGGGAGGUGACCGCUUGGCAAGGCAACUCCUGGAGGAGCACAUCCGAAACAUAACCGCGAUAGUGAGGCAGCUCAAUCGGGACAUCGAGAUGCUGCAGGAACAGAUACGUGUCAGAGACAAUCUCAGCUAUGGAACAAAUUCUACCCUGAAGAGUCUUGAAAUGCGGCAGCUUUCUGGCCUAGGGGAUCUUCGGGGAAGAGUUGCAAGGUGUGAUGCUGGGUUAGCCAGGCUGUCUGCAGAGCAUAAAAUUACGUAUGAAAGACUUCAGAGUCUAAGUAAAGACCAACACACUUCCAAGCUGAUCUUAGAAUCUAAAAUCAAAGAGGCAGAAAUACAGAUUUCUCAUCUGCUGAGCAGAGUAGAGCAAUCGAUAAUGCAACAAGAAGCAAAGCUGAAAAUUGCCUACAAAGAGAGCAACCAACAGCUGCAAGUCCUGGACACAAAAUUAAAAGAUGCUGUUGAGGAGCUCAGUAAUCAGAUUUUGUCUGCACGGAGCUGGCUGGAACAGGAACAUGGAAGGACUGAAAAAGAGCUCGUGCAAAAAAUUGACCAACUCUCACUAACUUUUAAGGAAAGCACUGAAAUGAGUGAGAGAGGUAUUGAGAUGAAAUUCAACCAAAUGGCAGAGAAAAUUGAGAGAAUAGAAGAAAUGCAGAAGAUUACCAUGGAAGCACAUGAAGCAAAACAGACUGAAGAAAAGAUAAAUAUUCGCAUUGCCAAACUUCAAAAUGAGAUAAAUGAAGAUAUAAAAGAAAUGAAAGCUGAAGUUAAUGCUGGGUUUGCAGCUAUCUAUGAGAGCAUUGGGUCUCUACGGCAAGUUCUAGAAGCAAAAAUGAAGCUGGACAGAGAUGAACUGCAGAAGCAGAUCCACCAAAUGAAGCAGGAGGUUCCAAGAUGGGGAGAAGCUGGACCAUGACUGCAAGAUUUUGUCUGAGAGAUUAGUGUUUACCUGGCUAACUAGGCAGACUCUAGUGUUGUUCCAGUCUGUAAUGCCAAUUACCUGCAUGUACCAAAUGACAUGCUGCUGCUGCUGCUGCUGCUGCUGCUGCUGCUGCUGCUGCUGCACAGGUGUUUGCUCCCAGCAGUAAAUGCAAGCUGUUCAUAGAUAACUGGCAAUGAGACUUCAGAGCUGAGGUGCUGUUUUGCCACUGCACUGCUCCAGUUGCUGUGAGGAAAUUUAGCACUGUGUAAAACUGGAGCAAUACAUUGGUGAAGCUGGCACCUAGUUUGCUAAAGGCAUUCCAGUUUUGCAGGCUUGAUCAGGCAGCUAUAUGCUUUUAUAUGCACCUGUACCCCUCCACCUUUAAAAAAAAAGGCAAGUUGCUAUCAUUUGCUUCAUAUGAAUUUGGCAAGGUUCUCCACCUUGAUACAAAUUACAUGAAAUCUAUGGACAUUUUUAAAGUAACUUUCUCUACUGUUGAUUUCCUGGCAAGACAGAAUUGGCACUAAACAGACCAAUCUUCAAAAUCUAGACACUGUCGGAAAAUCUUGGUUUAGGUUUGCAAAUAUCCUGUGUGUGAAAACUAGGUAGUGUUACAUAAUGUAGUUGUAGACUAAGAUGAUUCAUAAACAACCUAAGAAACUUAAUUUACACGGUCUUAAGUAUUGCAACCUUUUAAAAUAAUAACCAAGGGGAGUUGACACAAGGUAGAAGAUGUAGAGAGAGUAUUUUUUACUGGGCAUGUGUUCCUGUGACUUGCUUCAUUAUAUUGAUAAAAACUUAGAAAGGUUUGAAAACUAAAGAGAAGGUAAUAAUCUAAUCUAGUCUGGAGACUGUAAUGUAAAAUAAAAUGCAGUUUAUGAUCUCCUUAGUAAUUUUCAUUGAAGUAAAAAAAUUGAUUCAUCAUAUUUAAGUAGACUUUAAUAAUUUCGCAGACUCAAAUUGCUAAUUGCCUUCACAUUAUUUCCAGAUAAUAAUUUCCAUUCCCAGAAGACACUACACAAUGAAAAUCAGCACCUAUGUGGCAUGUUAUCUAGAUAGGAAAAAAUAUAUGUUGUUUUUACUUCAUCCAUAGCAUGACAUAUUGCUCCUCAUGUUUGUAAGCCAUGCAGGAUUAAACCCUUACGAAAAAUAAAAGACUUUACCCAGCAUCCUAUUAAUUUAUACUACUAACAGCAAUUAAUAUACAAAAAUAAUAUUAAUUCAUAGGAUUUAAAGUACUGCUAACCUAAUUAAAUUAAUAGGAUCCUUAAUGGACCUUUCAUUCAGCUAGUAGUAGAAAAAUAUAUUUUUAGUUGGAAAAUCAGUGGCUAAUAUCACUUCCAUAAAAGACAUUUUGGUCCACAGAAUCAUCAUAUAUAAAAGAAUUUUAAAAACUUCUUCAUGAACUACAGUCAUUAACUUCAGUAAGUCAGUGUAGAGAGUAAAAAUCAAGUAAAUGCAUACAUCUUAACAGGAUUAACACCUAAAUUUAUAUUAACUUCCUCUAUAGUUGAAAGUCAUUGAAGUCUCAGACACAUUUAAGCAUUUGCAGCUCUAGCUUCCAAAGCUCUCUGAUACAAACCAGGAAUACCAGAGGAGUUUUGUCAUCAUCCAUGUCCUGUGAAAUAUAUUUACAAUGGCAGCUAAGGGGAAAGCCCAGUUCCCUAAAGAGAGACAAUUAAAUGCUUGUAGAUAUUUCUCAGGAAAUGUCUUCAAAAUUCAAUCUUACUUCAUGUAUGUAUUCUUACCUAUUCUUAACUAUUUAGCCAUGUGCAGUAGAAAAGCUAUCACUGGUGUUUUAUUUAAAAAACAAACAAAA